AGGUCAUCAACGUUGGAUAUAAAUAUUUGGUUGAUAACGCGUCUAGAAGAGAUUGCCGGGAGCCAUGUUCUACUUGUCUGUCUUAUUGUAUGGUCUCGCAGCUGGUGCUACAAACCAGGGCAUCCUCAGUUUAUUUCAACAGAAAUUCACAGGAGAUGGCACAUACUACGGACACACCGACACAGGCAUGUGCCAGUACAACCCACCAAGCCUGCCACCAGCAGCCCUCAACCCCAAAAUAAAGUAUACAGUAGCUCUCAACAAACCACAGUUCCAGGACUCUUUCGGAUGCGGAAUGUGUUUCAAGGUUCAUGGGUCGGGGAAAGGCUCUGGAAACAGUCCCAUCACAGGGGAUUUCUUCGUCUUUGCAAACAACCUGUGUCCAGAGUGUCAUGCUGGAUCUCUGGACUUUGCCGUGUCUGGAGACGGACGCUCGAACAUAGAGAUCCAAGCUGUGCAGUGUCCAGUUGGAAAUACUAAUAUUGAAUACAAGUUCCAGGGUACAAACCCGUACUACAUCAAACUGCAAGUCAGAAACGCCAGAAUACCGGUCACGGAAGCUGAAAUGAUGCAGGGCGGAAAUUACGUCAGCAUGAAGCACACUGCCGAUGGAUUCUGGGAACUUUCGAACGGACAUCAAGUGGACCAAACUGGUGGUGUUGGUGUGAAGCUGACAGCAGCCAAUGGAGACACAGUCACUGACAUCAUUCCCAACUUGAAUAAUAAUGUGGUUUUACAUGGCAAAAACCAGGUGCAGUUUAAGCUUGAUCCCAGCCUACCCACAGCAUAGAGAUGCAUGUGGCAUAUGUGUUGUGUCUUUACAAGCAUUACCAUUCUCCAUGCAAUAAAAUAUUGUACGUACCGA